ACUUGAUUUUAAAGAAAAAGACAAAGGUAAAUCGAAAGAUACCAAACAGGUGAAAUGUUUUCAAAACUAUAUAAAUCUAUUUUGGUCUCUUGAAUCUUUGACUUUUCAGACUCAGGUAAGAGAUGCUUUCAUAUGAUUUCCAAUUUUUCAUACAUUAUCUCAUCUCAUCUUCAUUGAAUGAGAGUGUGUGUGAACAAGAAACAAGUUCCAGAUGACCAAGUCUAUGCAAUCAUGUGUAAAAAUGCAAAUGUUCUCUCUUCUCACCUUCUUCCUCUUUUUCACCUAUGCAAACUCUCAGUCUCAGUCCCUUCUGUAUAAUCAAGAGCAUACAGUUCUAUUGAAGAUAAAGAAAUACCUGCAAAACCCAUCAUUCCUCAGUCACUGGACACCAUCAAACUCUUCACACUGCUUUUGGCCAGAAAUCACCUGCACCAAUGGCUCAGUCACAGCACUGGCCAUGACCAACACCAACAUCAUUCAAACAUUACCACCUUUCCUAUGUGACCUCACAAACCUCACAUACAUAGAUUUUCAAUGGAAUUACAUCCCUGGGGAGUUUCCAACUUCCCUCUACAACUGCUCCAAACUUGAGCACCUUGAUCUCUCCCAGAACUACUUUGUUGGUAAGAUUCCUGAUGACAUUGACCGCUUGUCUAGCCUACGUUUCCUCAGCCUUGGUGGCAACAACUUUUCUGGUGAUAUUCCUGUGAGCAUUGGGAGGUUGAGGGAGCUAACAAAUCUUCAACUGUAUACGUGUCUUUUCAAUGGUACUUUCCCUGCUGAUAUUGGUAACUUGUCCAACCUUGAGACCUUGUUGAUGUUCUCAAACAGCAUGCUCCCUCAAACAAAGUUGCCAUCAAGCUUGACCAAGUUGAAAAAGUUGAAGGUCUUUCAUAUGGCUGACUCAAACUUGGUUGGGGAAAUCCCUGAAACUAUAGGAGAAAUGGUGGCAUUGGAGGAAUUAGGUUUAUCAAGAAACUAUUUAAGUGGACAAAUUCCAGAUGGUUUGUUCACUCUGAAAUAUCUGAGCACACUUUCUCUUUACAAAAACAACCUUUCUGGGGAGAUACCUGGAGUAGUUGAAGCAUUCAACUUAACACUCCUUGAUCUUUCACAGAAUAAUCUCACUGGGAAGAUACCAGAUGAUCUGGGAAAGCUGAAAAAUCUAACCUUCUUGAAUUUGGCUAUGAAUCAAUUAUCUGGGGAGGUACCAGAAAGCAUUGGUCAUCUGCCAGCUCUAACUGAUUUUGAAGUUUUUCUCAACAAUUUAUCAGGUGCUCUUCCUCUAGAUUUCGGCCGGUUCUCGAAGCUUGAAACGUUUCAGGUUGCAUCUAAUAGUUUCACAGGAAGGCUGCCAGAGAACUUGUGCUACUACCAAAGGUUAGUUGGUUUAACUGCUUAUGACAAUAAACUGAGUGGGGAGUUGCCAGAGUCUUUAGGUAGUUGCAGUAGCCUGGAGUAUCUGAGAGUUGAGAAUAAUGAGUUUUCUGGAAACAUUCCUAGUGGUCUAUGGACAUCUAUGAACUUGUCAACAUUUAUGAUAAGCCAGAACAAGUUCACUGGGGGGCUUCCUGAAAGAUUGCCUAGGAAUCUUUCAAAUCUGGUCAUUAGUUAUAAUCAAUUUUCUGGUAGAAUUCCAGAUGGAGUGUCUUCAUGGAAGAAAGUGGUGGUGUUCAAUGCUAGUCACAACCUAUUCAAUGGAAGCAUUCCGCAAGAGCUAACAUCUCUUCCCCACCUAACAACUCUUCUGCUUGAUCAUAACCAGUUUACUGGUCCACUUCCAUCAGAUAUAAUAUCAUGGAAGUCCCUAAUAAAUCUCAAUUUGAGCCACAAUCAAAUCUCUGGUAAAAUUCCUGAUGCAAUUGGUCAGUUACCUACCCUUAACAUAUUGGACUUGUCAGAAAACAAAAUCUCUGGCCAUAUUCCACUUCAACUAGCCCUUAAGAGACUCACAAAUCUCAAUCUGUCAUCCAAUCAUUUGAUGGGGAGGAUUCCAAGUGAAUUUGAAAACCUUGUCUAUGACAGAAGUUUUUUGAAUAAUUCUGGUCUUUGUGCGAGUACCCCAGUACUAAAUCUUGCCUUGUGCAAUUCUGGCCCUAAAAGGGUGAGGAGUGGCUCAUCUGUGCCUCGCUCUAUGAUCAUAUGUGUGGUGGUAUUAGCCUCCUUACUGGUUUUCUUGUCAUCAUUCAUGAUGAUCAGAAUUUACAGAAAAAGAAAGCAAGACCUGAAAAGGUCUUGGAAGCUCACUUCCUUUCAGAGGCUGAGUUUCUCAAAAUCAAACAUUGUGUCAUCAAUGAAAGAACAUAAUAUCAUUGGCAGUGGUGGGUUUGGUGCAGUAUACCGCGUUGCUGUCGAUGGUUUAGGCUAUGUAGCCGUGAAAAAGAUAUAUAGUAGCAGAAAACUAGAGCAGAAGCUUGUGAAUUCAUUUCUCGCGGAAGUUGAAAUCCUGAGCAAUAUUCGUCAUAACAAUAUUGUGAAGUUGCAGUGCUGUAUCUCCAGUGAGGAAUCUCUGCUCCUUGUCUACGACUAUCUAGAAAAUCUUAGCCUCGAUAGGUGGCUGCACAAGAAAAGUAAACCACCAACUGUGUCAGGUUCAGUCCAAAAUAACAUCAUUGAUUGGCCAAGAAGAUUGCAUAUAGCCAUUGGAGUUGCGCAAGGUUUGUGCUACAUGCAUCAUGAUUGCUCACCGCCAGUUGUUCAUCGUGAUUUGAAACCAAGUAACAUUCUGUUGGAUUCUCAAUUCAAUGCAAAAGUUGCUGAUUUUGGUCUUGCCAUGAUGUUGGUCAAGCCAGAAGAACUUGCUACCAUGUCAGCUGUGGCCGGCACAUUUGGCUAUAUUGCUCCAGAAUAUGCUCUAACAAUACGAGUCAAUGAGAAGAUAGAUGUCUACAGCUUUGGGGUUAUCCUACUUGAACUAACAACUGGAAAAGAAGCUAAUCAUGGAGAUGAAUACUCAUCUCUUGCUGAAUGGGCACGGCGCCACAUUCAGAUAGGAAGCAAUAUAGAAGAUCUUCUAGUUGAAGAAAUUGCGGAACCUAGUUACUUGGAUGAAAUGUGUAGCAUCUUCAAACUUGGGGUCAUGUGCACUGCAACACUGCCAGGUAGCAGACCUUCCAUGAAGGAGGUCUUGAAGGUAUUGCUCAGCUACAGCGAUCCGCGUGCCAAUGGAGAGAAGAAAGUUGGUUUCUAUGAUGUUGUUCCACUUCUUCAGAAUCCAAAAUGGGAAAAGAAGGUGGAAUAUUGAUGAUGAUAGCUUAGUAUUUUGCAUCUCAUUUUGGGCAUCUUAUCUGAUCAAAAUGCAGAAAGGUGACAGAUGAAACAAAAGGGCUAGUCUUGAAGUCAUAAUUAGAGAAAAUGGAGCUCAUGAUUCAGUAACAUUGUAACUACUAGAAGAGAACAUAAACAGGCUCACAUAAGCUGUAGUUGGAGUAGAGGAUUAUUAAUAAUUAAAGUGCUUUGCAAAUUGCAAAAGGCAAUUAUGCUCAAUUGUAUUGAAGAGAUCACUUUUUCUUCUUCUUUUCUUUUUCUAAUGUAAAAAGUUUUUGGGUUUUCA